CUACUCCUCGCCGUGGGCCCGGCUUCGUUGCUUGGAGAGAGGGUCGAACCACUCGCCCAAGCCGUCGCCGCCGCCGCCGCCCACGCCCUCCCCCUCCUCCUCCCAGCGCCGCCCUCUCCUCCCUCCCAGCGGCCCGCGAGUGGAAGCUCCCUCCCUCCCCACCGCCCACGGUUGCCGGCGGGCACUUGCUCAGGCCCUCUCCCCCAUAGCCUUGACGCACGGCUUCCCCUCGAAACCCUCGACCCCCCUCCGCUGCCGCUCCCGCAAAGGGGACGCCGCCGAUCGGUGGAUGGGCCGGUUCGGGUGGCUCCGGCUCGCGUCGAGGUCCCUCGCGCGCCGCUCCGGCGAGGCGUCUGCGCAGAGGAGCGCAUGGAUUCGGCCGUCUACACCUUGCAGCUCUAGUGGCACAUAUGUUGCUGAUAGGUGCUUUGGUCGAUCCACGUUUACAUCAUCUGUACCGAGCAGGUUCUUUCAUUCUACAGGUCAACGUUAUUCGAUGGAGAGGGACUAUUACAAGAUUCUUGGGGUCACUAAAGAUGCCUCUCAAGAUGACAUAAAAAAGGCUUUUCAAUCUCUUGCAAAGAAGUACCAUCCAGACACAAAUAGAGGAAAUACUGCUGCGAAAAGGAUGUUUCAGGAAGUAAGAGACGCAUACGAGACUCUUCGGGAUCCUUCAAAGAGACAGCAGUAUGAUAUGCUAUUUUCUGGAGGGUCAGCUGCAAAUUCCACAAGGGGUAGGGGGGAGUUCGAUGGAUCCUAUGAAGAUCCAUUUUCAAGAUUCAACAAACAGAACGACGACCCUUUUGCAGAAUUCUACAGACAAAAUGAUGGUCCUUUUUCUAAUCAGUUUUACAAAGUAUUCUCAGAGGUUUUCCAGCAUGAUGUGGAUGUACAUGCCAGUGACAUUGAGAUAGAGCUGAAUCUGUCUUUUGGCGAAGCUGCUAAAGGAUGUACGAAGGAAGUUCCCUUCAGUGCAAAGAAUCUCUGUUACUCAUGUGAUGGGAGAGGAUACUUGGCCAAUGCAAGAAAAUAUGUUUGCCCUUCUUGUAAAGGUGCAGGAAAAGUUAGUAUGUAUCCGUUCACAUCCAUUUGUACUACUUGCAGAGGCUUCGGGAAAGUGAUUAAGGAUCACUGCCUAACAUGCAAAGGUGCAGGGGUGGUAGAUGGUAUGAAAUAUGCAAACGUGAUCAUUCCAGCAGGAGUUGAUUCUGGUGAUACAAUUCAUGUACGGGAGGCUGGAAAUAGCGGUGGACGUGGAGCCAUACCUGGAAGUCUAUACAUUAAGCUUCGAGUAGCAAGUGAUCCAGUAUUUGUUCGAGAUGGUGCUGAUGUACAUGUGGACAAAAAGAUAAGCUUCACACAGGCAAUGCUUGGUGGAAAAAUCGAAGUGCCCACUUUAGAUGGUAAAACAGAAAUUAAGAUACCCAAAGGAGUUCAACCAGGGCAAGUUGUCGUUUUAAGGGGGAAAGGAUUGGAAUUACCAAACCAGGCAGGAUAUUUCGGAGACCAACAUGUCCGUUUCAAAAUACAUUUUCCAUUGAAGGUUAACGAACGUCAGCGUGCACUGUUGGAAGACUUUGCAGCAGAGGAAGCCACGAAAGAACAGAGUUUUUUUGCAACAGGAAACUGGUUGGAGCUCAUUGCUGAAAAUAUGAAGAGCCAAAAUUUCAUGAUCGGGCUUGGCUUUGUCAUGCUGAUUUAUCUGAUGCUGAGCAAGACUCUGAGUUAAGGCUUCGAAACUAUGCGGUGAUAUCAAGCAGCGGUGACAUCAGAAACUGAAUGGGGCAUUAGUAUCUGGUCAAGCUUCUUAUUUGGCCAGGAGAAUUCACAAUUUCGAACAGAUAAGUCAUACGGAAUGAUUUAUGAGUUAUCCUUCUUGGGGAGGUGAUCACAAAAGUUGCGUGGAGUUUGUUUUUGACUCUUCAAUAAGCUAAAUUAUUGUUAAGGCGCUCCUUAAAAGUACACUAGUAAUCGUGUACAUGCAAUACACGUAGAUGUUAGAUAGGAUAUUAGUUGCAAGCCAAUGUUCCAUGUAAUAUUAAUUAUGCGCUAAACAUUUUGACGCUCAGCAGUAGAGUAAUUUAGGUCAUUAGAUUGACAUGGUUUGAUGACCCUUUGGGCCUUUGACAUUUGGAGUUGUCUUUGACGCUUCAAUAAAUCUCCCUGUCAAAUGUGGACUAUUUUUUUUUGCCAUAUGUCUAUUGUAUCAACGUCAAUAACAAAAGAUACACAAAACAUCCUGCCACAAGCAUCAUGUAAUUUGCUCUUUGUAAUGGCGAACCCCCUACAGAAGAAAAGAUGUAUCAUGUUAAACUCACCUGACAUGGAGAAUAUAUUGAAUCAAACUGCAAAAGGAAAUAAUAACAGCAUUAAGCAGCACGACUGUCUUGGAUGCAAGUGGGUCACCCCAUCGGUUAUCCUCAGGUAGUUACGGCCAUGUUUGGAACAAAGGAAAAACUUAGGACUCUUCAAAAAAGGAGAGGAAAAACUUACGGCCAUGUUUGGAACAAAGGAAAAAGGGUAUGAUUCCUAUAGAAAAAUAUUCCCAUACAUUUUGGAAUAAAGGAACUGGUAUCCUACAUUCCAAUGAAACAUGCCAUACCCUAGAAAUUUUGGAGGAAAACAAACUUGAGGUCCUACCUCAUGUAUUCUUCUCUUUGUGUCUACACUUUCUUUGUUUUCCCCGCAUGACACCCAAGUGACAAUUUUAAAGUUUUCCCAAGUGAAUUUUUAAAUAAAUUCUAUGGUUUUAAUUCCUGCGUUUUUUUUUCUUAUUCCUAUGUUUUGGGUUCUUCCGUUCAAAACUGGGCCAAAUAAUUUUAUUUUUUGGAAGAUGCUUCCAAUUUAACCGAUGGCUUACGCUGAUUUAGUAUUGUAGGGAGUAGGUAGGAUUAACAGGUAAAUUACUUGAUACUCACGUGGUAAGUGACUGGAGUUGAAGGCAGCUGAAGAACAAACUGCUUACCAAUAAGAAGAUACCGAUUCCUUACGUUCCAUUCAUAAUCCCAGUGCACGCUGUUGCACCUGACUGUCCAAUAAGACCAGCCAAAGGAGGCUUCUCCGAAGACCUCCAAUUGAGCUUUUCCAAAAGAUCGGUAUUGAAUCUGUGAAGCGUUUGCCACAUUCCAUUCAUUCACCCACUCUCCUGAGUAAUGGCAUAGAAAAGUAUUUAUAAAGAGCAGGGUACACUGAGAAACAACUCAGUUAAAUGGUAGACCAAAAUCCAAAUGACCUGUCUGAAUUUUUACAUUAAGUUGUAAUAGUAUGCAGGACGUACCGACAAAAACAAGAGGUCCAUUUGCACCGUUCAAGGCCCGCACUUGAGGCAGUCUUUUUUCGUAAACAAACCGUAUGUUCUCUGUUGCGUUAAGCUUCUCAUAAUAAGGAUCAAACAGAUUGUAGUAAUGCAAGUCAACAACAGUGUUAGUUGGGCCCAGAUCAGCCUGAUAAAGCUCCAUUGGGUCUGCAUUCCCUAUCCUCUGGCAGAAUAUAACAUAAGCUGUCUCCGAAUAACUUCGUACAAUUUUGUAGCCUCUUUUGUAAUAUGACACUAGAGUGUCUAGUGGGACUGCUCCUGCAGAAGGCUCGUUCAGAAGCUCGAUACCUAGAAGCGAGGGAUCGUCUGCAUACCUGCAGAUAAAAGACAAUAUGGCUUGUUACUUUGUUAGAACUGAGAAAAUUGUGAUAGAUAGAAUCUCGUUUUUCAUGUGAAAAAUAAUGUCGGUGAAUCCAAAACAUGGCUCUUCACUUUCAUGUAUCUCCUCAUUAGUGAACGGAUCAGACAUAGUUAGUUGUUAACAUGUUUUCCGAAGUUGCCUUUUCUCCCUUAUUCUAGUGACCAAGAGUACAUAUUGCUGAAAAAUGAGUAAUGCCAAGUUGCGCAAAUGCCUAUGGCUGCCCAUUGUCCACCACCUUUUAUUUAUAAGAUCUUUGAAGGAUGAGAGAAAUUAAUCUUUCAAAGAUCUAUUGAGAAUGAGAACUGGAAGUCUAUUUUCCAACUUGGUGAUGCCUUUGUUAACUUUCGUGGCCUGAUGUCACCAAUGGCAUCAUCAAGAAAUAUUUCGUCCACACAAAGGAAAAAUUUCGUAACUAGGAAAUAGAGUGAAAGAGUUUCAUUUUUUAGGGAGAGUGAAAGAGUUAAUGUUACCUUUGAGCUAAAAAUUUAAUGACAUCCAGAGUUUUCUGUAUGUUAACCUCUGAAGGCCAAUCUACUGAACCAUCCCUGCUAGCACUGUGCUCCAUUCCGUUUUGAGAUCCAGGAGCCGCAUGAAGAUCGAUGAUGCACUUCAAGCCAUAAACCCUGAUCUCAAAAUCAGAUCCACCAUAUGGUGCAGUCUCAAACUUUAAAAGAUUUUUUUAUUGUGGAAGUAACAAUCAAGGACAGUUUAGGGGCUAGACCUACUGUGCCCAGUAGAAUGCUCUAUCAAGGUUCUCAAGGGAGCCACCAAUAAAUGGAGCGGGUGGAUCAGGAUCAUACGCAAUCCACCAUCCAACUGGAAUCCUGACUGCAUUCAUACCGUUUUGCGAGAGGAUAAAGAAGUCAUUUCCAGUAACAAAGCUCUUUCGGUGUUCCUGCAAAUUGUGUAAAAUAGCAAAUGAAUGCUUUUAUGGGAUAAAACUCUGCACCACAGACUGGGAGGAGGUGACACGGCUCUGAAAGUAUAAGACUUACAGUCAAGACUGCUUUUGCCUGCGCAGGUCCAUACCCAUUAGCAAGCUGGUAAUCUCCAUGCAAGUUGUUGGCAGCUAUUGUCAUUUGGAAUGUUGCCAUAUCAUCACCCCAUCCAGGUUGGGACCGAUAGUUUGAAGUAAGCUGAUUGUUGUUUGUGACCUGAAUAAUGGAGUAUACAUCAACUUUCCUGGUUGCAAUGCUGAAGCUUUAGAUAAUUAGAAAGGAGUCUGAUGAGAGUGCAUAACUGCUGACAUCUGAAGAUCAUAUCGACAGCAUAAUCAAUACCUGCAAAUAGCUCCCAUUUACAAGCUUGAUAUGAAGCAUUGUAUUGUUUCGUUCGAUAUAAAAUGUUUCGGAGUCUCCUGGUGAAUCUGCAGUUGCUGAUAUCACAUCCUGAUUACUCGCUGUUAAGAACUGACCAUUAAGGCACUGGAACUGAAAUUCACUAUCAGAAACUCUCCACAGCUGAAAAUAACGCCAAGACAAAUGCAGUUAGGAACAAACUAAGAUACGAUUGUUUUAUUUGAGUAUAUGUUUCUUUUCCCUCAAGUAAGAUAUAUUUAUUUCUCACUAAGAUGGAAGACAGCUCUAGAGGACAAAUGUAAAAAUAGUGAACUCGUGCAGUUUACUAGAAGUGCACCUUCUUCCACUGGGAAACACACACACACAAAGUACAAUUCAGCCAUCUGCAUAUUACCAAGCAGUAUUUUCCCCCCCUGAUCUGUGUAAAAACAGUUCAGUUUUCCCCUUAAGCCCUUGGGUACUACAUGGGUCCUUAAACUUCGUGACAGUUCUAAAUUAACUAGGUCUUCCUGAGCCACGUUGGUGAGUUUUUUUUUCCCCGGGCACGUUGGUGAGUUAAAGACCUGAUGAUCUUUAGGAACCAGAAUAUUGUCUUUGAAGGUUGAAGAAAAUGCUACUCUGUAUUGCAUUUUCAUCUCAGUUCUUUACAGAAGAACAAAAAUGGAGCGCUUGAAAAAACAAUGAGGGCCUAAAUGUUGAUGCGAAUGUAUCUAUUCAACGUUGUUUUCUCCAAGAUAUCCAACAGACAAGAUACGAUAGCAUUCAGCUUCCCAAACAGUUCACUUUCAUUACUCCAAGAAACCACUUUCCUUUGACAGUUUACCUUGAAAGUCUCCCAUGUAGAAGCAGCAUCCUGGUCCACGUUCACAUUUCCACCGCCACCGCCAACUGCACUCACGUACUUCUGGAGGGCAACAGACUUGAGCUGCACCUGCACGCCAUCCUGAAGCGAAUCCGAUAGCCACAUCACGAGAAGGCAAAGCAAAAUGCACAGCACUAUAUAACAAUCAUUUGGGUCCGAGAACAAGAGAGAGGACCUACCAGCAUGUCCCCGUUUGGGAUGCCAUCAAACAAGGAAGGCUUGAUCCACCCCUCCACCACCAGCCAGCCUCCCAAGUUCACCGCCCUGACCUUGGUGAAGUCGUCCUUGUCUGCAAAGACAAAGCACAGCUUACCCACCACCGCCAAGACGGCAAGAACAACCGCAUCCAUUUAAGCAGUCCCCACUGAGCAAUUCUGACCUGACGAUGAAUGUGACAGUUGGAACACGCACAGAAGACCAAAGAUCAGGACGCCCGCGCGAGGGAGCGCCAUGUCGGCAAUACGUCGAACAGAUGGCGUGCGCGGGGGCUGGGGCAGGGGAGGAGGAAGUGGGGCUUGUAUAGAGCGAAAGGGACGGGAGAUUCCAAGCCCACCGGGGGCGGACACCGAGAGGGGUGCGGCAUGGCAUGGCUGGGGAGGCAGGGAAUCUCGCCUUUUGCGCAGUGCUGUUAUACCUUCCUUAUCGCCAAGUUCAUCCUAAGCAAUGGUGGAGACGCAAACGAGUGACGAGCACCGCCGCGCCACGCCGGCAGGCAGACGGCUCGCUUUCGCUUGGGCUGCUUUCUGCCGGUAGCUCGCGGCGGCGGUGCGUUGCUGUCAGGUACCUGACGCAGGUCGCCAUAUACUAUUCAGUAAACGGCAACGCAUCUUCAGUUAACGCUUCGCGACUAUCCGACGGCCGUCGUCGCUCCAUCAGCUGUUAGCGUCGCUCGGCGGCUGUGAUCGCUCGGACACUAUUUACUAUCCAGUUGUCGUAGUUACUGUGUCUGUCUUUUACCGUUGGGCUAAAUCCAGCCUCUAUUCCUGCCUUGGGAUGUCUUGGCCAUCACGAAUUGAUUGUUGUGGCACGAUUGGUACAUAUCGAGAAAUAAGGAUUCAGACGCUUACCGAACGCUCUCAGCGAUUAGCGAUUUCUGGCCGUUGGAUCAAUUUGCUUGAUGCGUUUCAGACCGUUCGAUCGAUGCGGUGAAAAAUUCUGGCCGUUGGAUCGCCCCCCGCGCCUGUAGCAAUGAAUAGUUACUGCCCUCUCCCGGUCUCUCUCACUUCGCGGACUCGUUCCGGUCUCGCUGCCGUGUGGGGUAACCAGCAGAUGGGGCCCGCAUGUCAUUUGCUUGGGCUGGGGCGCGUCCCGUGCGGCCCGUCGGCGCGGUCCAACGGUAAAAGAUCUCAUGCCACCGCCGAAAUUCCCGUCCCCCGCCGAGGGCAUUUUAGUCAUUUCGCGUCUAGGUCAACACUUGCCGUUUUGCGAUUCGCUGCUUCCUCCCCCCAAUGAGUGUAGGGUUCGAUCUCUCCUCACUCUCUUUCUUCCCCGCACGUCUCUCUCGGGAGAGAGCUGCCGCCGCCGCCAGUCAUCCUCCUCGCCUCUCCUCCUCCCCAUAGGCCCCCAUCAAGCUCGCGCUCACUGCUCUGGGUCGCGCGCCGCCGCGCCCCCGGUCAACUCUGCACGGGCCGCCUCCCUCCUCCUCCUCCCCAUCGGGAUCGGGCAGGAGGAGCGCAGGCUCGGCGCCGGCCCUCGCGAGUGAGGUAGGACGCGCGCAGGAGGGAGCGGCGGAGCAAGGUGGGGCCGGUGGUCUCUGUCAAUCUGCUGUUGUGGUUGCUAUUGUGGUCAUCGAUUUGCAGACUCGUCUGCUGUUGCCGGUGCCCUGACUUGCUCUGCUUUUAGACUAAUACGUCUAUAGAUUUAGAUACUUGAUGUUAUAUAUUGCUAAUUUGCAGGUAUAACUCAAACUUGAUAAUCUAUAGAUUUAGAUACUUGAUGUUAUAUAUUUUUCUCUGGUCUCCUGAAUGUUGGUGCUGAUUAAUACGUAGUAUUAAAUGUAUGCAUCUUUCUCAUUCUGAAAAUUUCCCUGCUUUCCUGACCAUCAAAUGUCUAUUGACCAUUGUUACUCUUGCCUGGAGUAGUCUGUUACACUUAUCAGGCCUAGGCAGGGCAUUCACACUACCGAAAAGUUUGGUUUCAGUAAGACUUAAUCUGGUAACCUAUUUUGUCCUUCUCUUCGCGGUUUGGGAGAGAUACCGCAGAGAAGACCACCAGAGAAAUGGUCGUCCCGGACCCAGACUAUCAUCGCUAUAAUUUGUGAGCUCUAGAGGUAGUAUAUAGAACAUCUCUAUUAUCUGGAAAUGUACUUCUAUGUCAAACUGAAAAAAGAUAUUUGUUGUCUGGUAAAAGGCAAGUUCUACAGGACGGCGGUUCGACCCGCAAUGUUGUAUGGCGCGGAGUGUUGGCCGACUAAAAGGCGACAUGUUCAACAGUUAGGUGUGGCGGAGAUGCGUAUGUUGAGAUGGAUGUGUGGCCACACGAGGAAGGAUCGAGUCCGGAAUGAUGAUAUACGAGAUAGAGUUGGGGUAGCACCAAUUGAGGAGAAGCUUGUCCAACAUCGUUUGAGAUGGUUUGGGCAUAUUCAGCGCAGGCCUCCAGAAGCUCCAGUGCAUAGCGGACGGCUAAAGCGUGCGGAGAAUGUCAAGAGAGGGCGGGGUCGACCGAUUUUGACAUGGGAGGAGUCCGUUAAGAGAGACCUGAAGGAUUGGAGUAUCGACAAAGAGCUAGCUAUGGACAGGGGUGCGUGGAAGCUUGCUAUCCAUGUGCCAGAGCCAUGAGUUGGUUGCGAGAUCUUAUGGGUUUCACCUCUAGCCUACCCCAACUUGUUUGGGACUAAAGGCUUUGUUGUUGUUGUUGUUGUUGUUGUUGUCUGGUAGGCCGGUAAUAUGUCCAUCCAUUAACCAGUACUUUGUCGUAAUGCAGGGAUAUAUGGUGUGUCUGCAUAUGCAUAAAAUGUUCUUGUCGCUGCACCUGUAGACCUACUGGGGCUGCUUCUCUUGUUUCAGGAUUGCAAAAAGGUGUCGGCUUGAGAUUGACCACAUCUGUUGUAUCUACCUGGAGGCCGGCUCUCUCAGUUCACUCAAGAGCAUCUUUGUUCCGCUGUAGAUGAAAAUGUAAGAUGCCAGAGCCACGACGUGAGUGCGUCUGCUUCCCCUUAGGAGGAAGUUGAAGGUGUUACCAUUCAUGGACAUGGAACAGAAGCUGCCCAGAUAUCUGCAGGUCACCUGCGCACGAUGUGUCCAUUUGAUUCAAAUUUUGAAACAUGAGAGCUGGAAAAGCAGAGGCUGGAUUACAAAAACGGCAGCAGACUGGAUGCUGAAGUUCAUCUAUCCUCCAUUGAUCCUUUGAUGUGUACACAUAUAGAAGCGCUGAAGACUGUUCGGUGACUGAUGUGAAGCAAAGUUCAAUGGCUCCUUCAGUGCUAUAUAGAGUUGGAUCAGCCAUUCCGCAGUCGAUGCAAUGUUCGAAGCACUAAGCAGAGGAACGCUAUUGCUGCUUUCGAAAUGCUAUUGGAUCUUAUAAAGAUUUUUGGACCUGUUAUUCAUUCAACAUUGUCAGCUAGCUCACCCAUUGGAGUAGAACUUCAAGCCGAACAGAGGUGCCAUGUUGUGGAUAACAAGGAGAUUAUCAAGGUGGAGCAGCGGUGAGUAUGGAGCCCAUAAUCAUCAGUUCAUCACCAUGAAGCAGAAGAAAUGGUAUAGCUUUGCCAUGCUGGACUUUGGGAGCCGCUGCUCCUCGGCAACAGGAGGUACAGCCGCUGCCACCACUCCUUCACAGCGACGCAGGCCAGCGACGAGGAGGCUCGCAAUGGUGGGGGACCCAUAACCAUCCGCCAGAGAGGAGAAAGGCAUACCCACCCCUUUUAAUGAUUGAAAUGCAGGUCCAGGGAAAACAUCUGCACUACUGUUGGGCCAAUUGAUGCUAGGUGUACAUUGAGAUGUUUCAGAAAUAGAUCCUUGAUGCCGAACAUAGUGCAAUGGUCCUCACAUCACAACACCCGAGCAAGGCUGGCAAGGCUUGCUCGCCAUGGCCUACCACAUCGGCGAGACGGGGCGAGCAUGUGAUCACCAUCAGCAGUUCCUUCGUCACAACACCUGAGCGAGCGAGAUGUUCAGACAAAGUUAUAUGUUACACUGCUAUUGACAUAUGUCAUAGAUGGACAGUACAUAUCGUUUCUCUCCAUGUUAUAAUUUCUGUGACCUCGGCAUUUGAAAGACAUGUCAUCCGAAUCGUCUAUCAUAACUGAACCAUUACUAUCACAAGCAUCUUACUUUUAGAAUUCAUAUGAUGGUUCAGUUAUCUAUAUUAUGUGUGCCAUUUGUUACCUCUGAAAUAUAUAUUAUGUGUGCCCUGUCAUGUUGGUUUA